AUGGGCGAGGGACUUCGAGACUUCCUAGCCAGAUUCAACAGGGUAAGAAUGAGCCUACCCAACGUUUCAGAGGGAAUGGCGGUGGCAGCCUUCCAAAAUGGGUUAAACAGAAGCGAGUCGAAAGCGACCAAGAAAUUGCUGAGCAGGCUUAUGAAAUACCCUCCCACCACAUGGGAAGAAAUCCAUAAUGCCUAUUGUACUGAAGUAAGAGCGGAUGAGGAAGACUUGAAGGGACCGCUCCAACGGCUAACAUCGGUCCAGACCGAAGCAAAGAGGGAGCGCCGUAACGAUGGUCGGAGGGAUCAACUAUCCCGUUUCAAUCGAGAAAGGCAUCAGCCUUACAUCUGGGCAUCCAUUCCACCGCCACCACGACAAGCAGAUGUCACGCCCCGACAUACCGAAAUAGUAUAUGCACUGGAAAAGCUCGGCACAAAGGUGCAGUGGCCGCAAAAGAUGAAGUCGGACCCAAGCACCCGGAGAUCGAACGUUCUGUGUAAAUUCCACCAGGAAAAGGGACACAAGACCGAAGACUGCAUAGGUCUGCGGCAAGAAGUAGUAAGAAUGUUAAACCAGGGGCAUCUGAAAGAGCUGUUGAGCGACCGAGGACGAACCAACUUCGCUCGUGGACGCGAUCAACCUCAAGGACCACCAAAGCCACCCUCGCCAGCCCGUACCAUACAAAUGAUCAUCGGAGGUGGCGACAAUGCGGCAAUCAACCAUGUGAAAUUCACCGCCACACAUAAACUCAAGCAGACAGUCACCCAUGAACGAUAUGCCAGGAAUCCCAAGGGAUAUCGCCACACACAAGCUGAAUGUCGAUCCUCUUUACCCGCCGGUGCGGCAAAUUAG